GGGUGAGUUUCCGUUUCGGACCCCGGGAAAAAGAAAGGUUUCCAUUUCCGACCGUUUAUCGGACAGGGGGAGCGGUCUGUUCAAAUUUUGCGCCUAUAAAAAUCCCAGCGCCCUCUUUCUCUUUAAUGCAAGUAGCAGACAUGCAAGCACUGAGAGCCCUCCACUUCCAAAAACACCUUUUCAAUCUCCCUCCAAAACCCCCCCUCUCAUCCCUCCGUUUCACCAUUCUAUGCAAUUCCUCCCAAUACCCUAAACAAUCCCGCCAGUUCCGAUCAACUCCCCGUCAACAAAUUCCUAAAGAGUCCACCUCUCUCACCGACGCCGCCGUACAAGGCUGGGCUGCCCCUUCAACAAGUCAAAAAAACCCUAGUGACGAACACACCCCGCAAACAGAGUCUAACUCGACUGCAGUAAAUGGAAAUUAUUCCAACGGUGUAAAGACUAGGGUUUAUGAAGUUCUAGGGAAUGGUACCAAGAAAAAGGGGAAGGGUGGGAAGAGUAGUAAAACAGUGUGGGUGUGUAGUGAUUGUGGUUAUGAUGAUGGGCAAUGGUGGGGGAUUUGUAAGCAGUGUAAUGGUGUUAAUACAAUGAAGCGAUUUUCGGAAGGGAUAGAGCGUCCUACGAGUGGGUUUGAGGUCACUGAGAAUGUGACAAGGUCGUGGCUGCCUCAUCAGUCUGUUAAAGCCAUGCCUACGAAAUUGACGGAUGUAAAUAAAGGGAUCAAUCAAUUAAAUUGGCGAAUCCCUAUGUCUGGCCUCUUUGGAGCUGAAGUUGGAAGAGUACUUGGUGGUGGUCUUGUGCCGGGCUGCUUAGUCUUAGUUGGCGGUGAUCCGGGUGUUGGCAAGAGCACGCUAUUGUUACAGAUUGCAGCCAUAGUUGCAGAGGGGUGUGAUAUGGGGGGACCAGCACCUGUUCUCUAUGUGUCUGGUGAAGAGAGUGUUGAACAAAUUGGAAACAGAGCUGAUCGGAUGAGAAUCGGGACAGAUGAAUUAUUUCUUUAUGCAAGUACAGAUAUUGAGGAUAUUCUGGAGAAGGCCCAAACCCUCUCACUGCGAGCUUUGAUAAUUGAUUCCAUCCAGACAGUUUAUCUGAGAGGAGUAACUGGAAGUGCAGGAGGUCUAUCGCAGGUAAAAGAAUGCACAGAAGCAUUGCUGCGAUUUGCCAAGAAGACCAAUAUCCCUGUGUUUCUGAUUGGACAUGUGACUAAAUCUGGAGAAAUAGCUGGGCCUCGCGUCUUGGAACACAUAGUUGAUGUUGUUCUUUAUAUGGAAGGAGAGAAGUAUUCAUCUCAUCGUUUACUUCGUUCAGUAAAGAAUCGAUUUGGAUCCACAGAUGAGCUUGGAGUAUUUGAAAUGUCGCAAUCAGGCUUGCAGGCUGUUUCAAACCCAAGUGAAAUGUUUCUAAGUGAGCAGCAGUCGGAUUCUGAGUUUCUGGCUGGAUUAGCUGUUGCUGUAAUUAUGGAUGGAUCUCGAGCCUUUCUUAUUGAAAUUCAGGCAUUGUGUGUCGCUGGUUCAUCUGUCUCAAGACAAGUAAAUGGUGUUCAAGCUGGCAGAGCUGAGAUGAUAAUUUCAGUUCUUAUAAAGCAAGCUGGUCUCAAGCUGCAAGAGAAUGGAAUUUUUCUCAAUGUUGUCAGUGGCGUUAGCCUGUCAGAGACUGCUGGAGAUCUUGCAGUAGCAGCGGCAAUUUGUAGCAGUUUUUUGGAAUUCCCUCUUCCUGUGGGCAUAGCAUUCAUUGGGGAAAUUGGCCUUGGUGGUGAAAUUCGUACGGUACCAAGAAUGGACAAAAGGAUAAAUACAGUGGCGAAGCUGGGAUAUAAGAAGUGUAUUAUUCCCAAAUCAGCUGAAACAUCAAUGGCAGCUUUAGAUCUCGGAGAUACUGAGAUAGUGGCCUGCAGGAAUUUGAAAGAGAUGAUAAACAUUGUGUUCAGAAAACGCUGAGAUGGGUUAUAGUGAAUGUUUUUGUAAAUGGUGAUGCAGUCUACGCAGAUGUCAGUACUGUAUAUUAUCUAGGUUGGACUUUAUGCUGUGUGUUUUUGGCUCAGAGUUGUGUCAUUUUGCGUAUAUGAACAUAGACAGAUUGUCUAAUCCUCUAAUUUACUAGGUAAUUAUCUCAAGCCCCUUGGAAUAGUAGUUUUGCUCAUUCA